GCUUAGUCUUAUAUAUAUGCUAAUCGUUGAAAUUGUCAGCAUACAAAACAACAAUGUUCAAGUUUGUUUUAUUGUUUGUCGUAUCCAGCGUUGUUGUGUUUGCUCAGGAACGAGCUUGCGUUGCUCCAAAGCAGUUUGAAUCGAGACUAUAUCAGUAUGAUCAUUACACCAAUUUCUAUCGCAAAGGACGUAUGAUCUAUGAUGCAGUAGGAGAACGGGUUAGAUUCAUAGAGGAAACUGCAGAAAAUCAAACAAGACCAUCAGAAGAUGUUUUGAUACUCUUCCGUGAGCGAAAGGAAUACACUGUCGACUUGAAAACAGAUAAAUGUGUGACGUCAUCCCCCAAAAUGGAUUUCCGCCCAAUCGGUGUAGAACAUGGAUACAAGCAUGCUGAAGAUUUGAUAAUUGGAUCGAUCCCCGAAGAAGGAGUUGAGAUAUCAGUCUGGUACAUGACAGAAAACUCGACAGAUGUUCAAGGAACUUUCAUUUCUGAAUUCACUCGUCAUGACUGCAUUCCAUUUUAUCACGAAUUUGAAGGGAUGAUGCAUGGAGAAAAAAUGCAUUAUCAUAGAACAUAUUAUGACGUCACCUUAAGAGAAAUCAAGCCUGAAGAUUUUAAUGUACCGAAGGAAUGCUCUCCUCAUUUUGAUACAACGUUGCUGUAGUUGUAUUAGCUAUUCAUCUUUUCAAAUGAAUAGCAAUUUUAAUGAUUUUUUCUUCAAUAUAAACUUAAUCAGAAAAAAGCCUAAUCUUUGCAUUUAUUCUGUCUUUAUUCAAUUCAAAAAUAAAGUCUGAAGCAUCUUUACUGUAAUUUGGUUAUAGUAUUGCCGGAAUA